AUGGCUAACAUCAGUGGGGUUGAUCUUUUAUCUUCUAGUUUAGUUGAAGAGGAUGGAGUAAAGAUUAUCUCAGGGGAAGAUAGGAUCAGCUUAUUACCUGAAUCUUUGCAAUGCCACAUACUUAGCUUUCUUGCAACUCAAGAAACUGUUCGUACAAGUGUUUUGUCCUCUGCAUGGAGACAUCUCUGGGCACAGGUUCCGAUAUUCGAAAUAGAGAGCUCCAAGUUCCUAAAUGACGAAGCGUGUGUGGAAUUCAUCGACAAGUUUCUGAAUAUCCAGAGUGAGUCAUGCUUGGAAGGAUUCGAUUUAGUCAUUGGAAAAGAUGACUCUAAAAAAGAUGCCUCUCUUUAUGAGCCGUGUCUCGGUAAACUGAUCAGUCGCAAGAUUCAACGUUUCGGCGUCCGUUGCUGUCGGAACAUUGAGAUGCCCUUAACACUUCCUUCGUGUGAGGCAUUGGUAUACUUAUAUCUCUUUUCCGUAAGGCUGAAUGAUUUUGAAUCUCUUUCCUUACCCUCUCUCAAGAGAAUGUUCUUAGAAGAUGUUAUCUUUCCUACCGACACUAGCCCUAAUUGGGUUCUUGAUACUCCGAGGCUUAAGCAUCUGAUUUUCAAAGAUAACCAAUUCAAAAGCUUUAAGAUAAUAAGUAUGAGGGACUCUGUCAAGGUUUUUCUUGAUGUCGAGUUUGAGAUUGAGGAUCAUGACUUGUCGGAAAGAAACAUCAUCUAUAAUCUUCUCAACAACUUUUCAGACGUUAGAGAUCUGACUCUCACACGGAACACUCUUCAGAUGAUCACUUGUUUACAUCACUUGAACCCACUACCCAAAUUUCGUAACUUGACCCGUCUGCGUGUUACUAUGUUCUUAAACUCCUCAACGGUAAUAUUGCCACUCGUUCUUGAGAGCUGCCCGAAAUUGAAACACUUGCGCUUGAGACUGAUUAUUAAAAGUAAUACACUGGCAGACACUAGUCUUCCGAGUAAGCUGCCUUCUUGUUUGGUGUCGUCACUUGAAUGUGUGGAACUGAGAAGCCAUAAGACGGAUAAAGAAAUAGAAAGGAAACUGGUUAGAUACUUUAUGGACAACGCAACAAAGCUCAAGAAGUUUGUUCUUCAGUUGUGUGUGUAUAGAGAGGAGCCAGAUAUAUUUGGUCUCUCGAAACUAAAAUUUGACGCAGACGAGCUUUGUGACUUGAAGCAACACUUUGACUCUCCAAGACGCUCUAAUUUGUGUCAGUUUGAAAUUCUUCCAUUUGUUCUGAAACGCCCUAUAUCGUCAUCAUAA